GAAUCUUGAUGAAUGUGAGAAGGUUUGCAAGAAGAACUGUUCUUGUAGUGCUUAUGCGACUCAGAAUAUAAGUGGAAGUGGAAGUGGAUGCUUGUUAUGGUUUGGGGAUCUUAUCGAUAACAGAGUAUAUACAGAAAAUGGACAGGAUAUUUAUAUAAGAAUGCCAAAAUCGGAAUUAGGAGAAAUAAAUGGUAAAAGCUCGAGUGUUAAGAGAAGGGUAGAGAUCUCUGUCCUUGUAAUAUCGAUAUUAUUAUUGAUCAUACUAGUUUCUGUUUGUGUAUUUUAUGGAUUGAAGAGGAGGAAGAAGCCAAUUCAAGAGCUACUAGAAGAAGACCAUGGACAUGAUCCUGACAACAACCAAAACUCACAAGAUGAUUUAGAGUUACCAUUGAUCGAAUUUUCUAUAUUAGAUAAAGCCACAGAAAACUUUUCAGAUAACAAUAAACUUGGAGAGGGUGGUUAUGGACCUGUUUAUAAGGGCGUGUUGGAAGGUGGACAAGAAGUAGCAGUAAAACGGCUUUCAAGAACUUCAACUCAAGGGCUUGAUGAAUUCAAGAACGAAGGCCUCGACUCCUUUAUAUUUGAUGGAACUAAAAGCAAAAAACUAGAUUGGGCUACUCGUUUUGAGAUCAUAAAAGGAAUUGCGAGGGGACUUGUUUAUCUUCAUCAAGAUUCAAGAUUAAGAAUCAUCCAUAGAGAUCUUAAAGUCAGCAACAUUUUACUUGACCAUGAAAUGAUCCCAAAAAUAUCAGAUUUUGGAAUGGCAAGAAGCUUCGGAGGAAAUGAAAUACAAGCAAACACAAACAGAGUCGUUGGAACAUAUGGUUACAUGGCACCAGAAUAUGCAGGAGAUGGAAUCUUUUCGAUCAAAUCAGAUGUAUUUAGCUUCGGUGUUGUAAUGCUGGAGAUUGUGAGUGGGAAGAAAAACAGAGGAUUCUUUCAUAAAGAAUACACCCACAAUCUUAUCGGACAUGCAUGGGGAUUACAUAAAGAAGGGAAAUCUUUGGAACUGGUUGAAGAAUGUAUUAAUAUUGAAUCCAUGAAUUUAUCGGAAGUGAUGAGAUCGAUCCAUGUGGGGUUGUUGUGUGUGCAACAGAGACCUGAAGACAGACCAACAAUGGCGACUGUGGUUCUAAUGUUGGGGAGUAGUGAGGGUGAAUUGCCUCAACCUAAGUUGCCAGGUUUCUUCUACGAAAAAAAUUCAACGGAUACUAGUUAUUCCACGAGUACAUAUGGAAAAGAUUCAACCAAUGAACUUACCAUUUCGAUUUUGAAUGCUAGAUAGUUGAUUUAUCUCUCUAAAUUUUUUUGUAAACUCAAAGAGUCAGGAAGCUAAUGUAAUUUAAAUUUUUGAAUAAUUAAUUUAUUAUAAUAUUUGCAAAAAUUAUUCUUUAGAUAGCG